UUCAUCGAUCCCCAGCAACACAACAGCUACCAAAAAAAGAGCAACUAGCCAGCAUCCAUCCAACCAAUGGCAUCCCUCACCACGAACGCACUGUGCAUCCCCACCAUGGUGGCAGCUGCGGCUGCACCGCGCUGCCGCCGCAGCCUCAUCGUGGCCCGAGCUUCUCCGGCCAAACAUGACGAGCGCCAAGAUCCGGCAGUCAAGGUUGACGCCGCCGGCGGCCGGCGCCGAGCCAUGGUGCUGUUCUCCGCCGCCGCGAUCACUGCCUCGACAGCAGCCGCCGUCCGAUCCGCGAGAGCCGCUGUGUCCACGAAGAGCGGACCCGGACAGUGGGUGGAUAUAGAGAAUGUGGCGGACCCAUACGUGCAGGAUCUCGGCAAAUGGGCUGUGAUGGAGCACAACUCACAGACUGGGGGGGAUUUGCAGUUUGGUAAGGUCGUCGGAGGCAAGCAACAGGUUGUCGCGGGCAUGAACUACAAGCUCGAGAUCGAAACAAAGGGCGGACCCUCCGGUUUUUACGAAGCGGGUCUGUUUGUUUCACUGCCCCCUAAGAAGCGUACGCUUAACUCCUUCGAGCCCAAGGCUGGGUGAUGGAUACAGCUUGCGGCAAGCUGAGGAGGGCCAUUCUUCUGAGUCUCUCAUGUAUGUGUGUGGCCUGUGUGGGCCUUGCCACUGUUCCCCAGUAGUUAUGUCGUAUCUAGUGUUUUACUAAUUUGGUUUUGCAGAAUAAAGGGAACAAAUUGUGGCUCGUGUUUGUUCGUUUUCAGAUAACUGUCUAUGUUUUCAUGCAUGCAUGCAUGGCUGAUGGCCCUGAGAAAGGUUUCAUUAGUAUUGCAUGGAGCA